AUGGCACCGAAUCUAAAAUCAGUCGUUUCCAAAAACAUUCGCGACCAUACAACAAGAACAGUCCUCAGAAAGGCCCUGGAAGAAAAAGAUGGAAAGACCUUGGAACAAUCACGAGAGACCGCUGCUAUGAUCAGCGACUGGGAGAAACUCGGCGAGAAAAGGGGAAGACAAAGUCUGGAGAAUGUUGAUAAGGCUAUACAGGAAAAGAAGCCGGAUGUUGAUGGUAUGACGGAUGAGGAGCUCAGUCGAAUCAGCAUUCAUAUUUCUUCCGCUGAAGAAGAAUCUGGAGAAAAGUCAGAUGAGAAAGUGAAAGAUGAGGAAACGGCCAAGUUUGAUGAGUAUAAGCAUCAUCAGUUUAUACGCAGAUGGGGGCUAUUUCAGGACUCGGAUGGGCGUGAUGAGGAGUGGUUCAUCGCUGAUCCGCCUGUUCUUGAAGAGACGAAUCCUGAAUAUCUGUGCGAUAUGUGUCGACACAUUGAUUUCAAAGUCCUUCUAUCACAACGAGGCUUACCAGGCAAUCAACUACCAGGACAGUCCCGCAUCUCAGUUUACGGCAUCCCCAAGGUCAUGGAUGAGAACAGUCAUUGUUCUUUCUGUAGACUGAUCCGAAAGAGAGUUAUUCAGAGUGAGACACUCGCGGACGUUCAUCCUGAUGAUUGGCCGGGGAUGCAAUUGAGCAUCAGCACUUUGGAUGAUGGACUGGAGUUUCCUCUAAGGCUGGAAGUCGAACUCUCAGAUCUUGAUCGUUCAAAGGUUUCAAGACUGGUGAUACAUCCAGUAGAGAACGAUAGGGAUCAAUUACAGCCUCUUCAGGGUCUUGCGGUUCAAAAGGAUUCUGCUGAUUUAUCUCGCCUUAGAGAAUGGCUUCAGACGUGCACCAAGAGUCAUAAAUCAACAGAAAUUGUCUCUAUUGAAUAUCUCAAGCCUCUCAUGGGUAAACUACGAGUCAUCGACACUGUUGAAAACUGUGUGAAGGAGGUCGACACCCCAUUCGAUUAUAUCUGUCUUUCUUAUGUCUGGGGAACCGGCAGCCAGACACAGUACACUACCAGAACCAGAGACCAGCUCAGUAAACCCGGAGGUCUGGGCAACGUCGAACUUCCGCAAACUAUUCUUGAUGCUAUCAAAGUCACGAGAGAGCUUGGCGUGCGUUAUAUCUGGAUCGACGCCCUGUGCAUCACGCAAGAUGACAAGGACGACAAAGCUAGGAUCAUAUCUAAUAUGGGAACUAUCUAUGCCAAUGCAGUGCUAUCAAUCAUGGCUUCUUCCAACGCCAACCCCACCGAUGGACUCCCAGGCGUUGGUAUCCCUCGAUCACAAGAGCAGAGCAUAGAAAAACUCCAAGGAAUCACUCUUGCCGUCGCACUUCAAGAUGCUAGACAGAAGUAUUUCGAUAUUGAAGAUCGAUUGUGGAAUACCAGAGCAUGGACUUUUCAAGAACGAGUCCUCUCAAGACGAUCAGUCUACUUCACCGAGUCGCAGAUGUGCUUUGUCUGUCCCCACGGAGCCUGCUUCGAGGAUACUGUUCCUGUCUCUGACCCCAUUUCAUACGCCAUGACGCCUUUCAAUGACCAUCUCCAGCUAACAUCUCGAAUUCACAACUUGUGGGCUCGUAUAUGGUCGGAUCCAACUCAGGCUGCAUACAUCAAUAAAGCCUUCGCAACAGAAGACGACAUGACGAUUUUUGUCGGCGAAGACCCAACUACUGGCGAAGCUUCAGAGGAUGGUGCCCCAUUAUACAAAUACAAAGCCAUCCCGAGCUCAGAUACAAUCGAUGCACCUCUCAUCAAGGGGCAUACACUCUGGGAAGCGUACGCUCACGCUGUUGAUGCUUAUACAAAGAGAAACAUGACGUGGCAGUCCGACGCCGUGAAUGCCUUUAUCGGUAUUGCAGACCUUAUUCGUCGCGGCACAAAUACCAAGUUCUGGCAUGCCAUGCCGGAAUUUGCUCUCACAAGAUCUCUCCUAUGGUACCCCAAAGAACCCCUUUCUCGGCGACGAUCACCAGAUGGAAAGAUUUUGUUUCCCAGUUGGUCUUGGGCAGCUUGGCAAGGGUACGUCACGUAUCGUGGUAGAGGUUUCCAUAACGCGGUGUGCUAUGCCCCAGUUAGCAUGAUAAUGUGGCUGAAGUCAGCUACAGUUGACGAAUUCAUGGAGACGUUUGUGCAAGUGGAGAGAACGCAGGAAGAAAUCGACGAGACGAGACGCCAAGCUGAGAGUUCACGUCUUUUGUUGCACAAGACUGAUCUUUGGUCUCUUUUGCAUAUUGACUGCUACGAGCAUGGAUGGACGGUUGAGCAUAACGAGGACCGGAAUCAGCAUCUCUUUGUGCACGAGGCGUAUCCGGACAUGAAAUUCGAGUUUCCGAUCAAUCUUCCUCAUGAGCCUAUCGUGGAGUUACCCUUCGAAGACACUUUAUACUUUCGUGCAAAAGCGGUGUCAGUUCGAAUAUGUGAGAAGCCAUCUGAGUCGUACCUAGCGUCACCCAUACAGGACAACUUCAUCCAGAUAGGAGUCAACGAUGAGGAUCGAUCAGCCAACAACCGUCGGCCGUGGCAGCGUAUCCUCUACCAUCAAGGCUAUCGUGCUGGAAGUCUGAGUCUCAACGUCUCGCUUGAACAUCUCAACAUUCCGUCGACAACCGAAGAGGUCAAGAAUUCUCCAGUGAAGUACUUCCUAGUGGCCAUAUCUCGCGACAGUCUUUCAUACGUUGCACCUCCACCCAUUGGUUGGGAAAUGUACUGGGAUGGUGAUCCGAUGAGAAUGCAGUACGAGAUUCUUCAAGAAGAGUGGCUAGAGCGUAGGCGCUUGCCUGAUGCACCCGAUAAGAGCGUGAAGCCAAGUAGUGAGAAGGUUAAUGAAACUGGAGAUCCGCGAUGGGAUAUGGGUCGGUUUGGAACUACCAGUGUGUUGGAUGUUUGUAACGUGUUGUUGCUUAGAGAAGCGAGGGAUGGGGUAUCUGAGAGGGUUGGCGUUGGCAAGAUCAACUACUCGGCAUUCUUUGCUGCGAAGCCUGAGCCUGAUGUGUUCUAUCUAAGCUGA